UCCACUUGUGAAUUCUCGGCCUCGGAUCAGCUGGAGGAAAGAACACCGAGACGGCUUUUCUCUAAAUUAAUAAAAUGGCUAGUUAUUUCGGUUUAGAAAAGCUUGUUAAGGCUGCCAGGAUCAUCAAGCACCACGGCGGCAUCAGAGGAGCGCUAUAUCAGCUUUAUAGAGUGGAUGACUUGAAAGUUGGUACUUUAGUUGGAGAAGAUGCCCGGGGCAACAAAUACUAUGAAGACCCAAAGCUCAUGCUUGGUCGCAACAGAUGGGUCGUGUACCAUCCCAAUGUAGGCACAGACUACGAUGGAUCAAUGAUUCCAGCUGAAUGGUUUGGCUGGCUGCACCACAAGACUGACAAGCCCCCAACUGAGGAAGCCCCUGUCAAUUACAACUGGUUGAGCGGCCACGAGGAAAAUACCAGCGGAACCGAAAAAGCUUUCAUGCCCUACACCACCACGAAACCCAAGAUUGAGGCCUGGGUUCCACCAAAGAAACAGUAACUUUGGUCCAGUAGUGUUAUUUAUGAUCAGUUUGUAAAUGAAAGACAGGUUAGGUGUGUUUCAUGAACAGACUCUUAUUUCUUCUAAUCUGGGGGGGAGGGAUAUUGGUGACUUCAUGAUGAAAUUUAAUUUUUAUUGCUUCUUUUUCUAGAAGCUUUAAGUUCACUGGAAUAAUAUACCUGAUGAAUAAAGAAAUUGCCAUUAUUAUAGAUUACUAGUUUCCAAACAUGUAAAUAUUUCAUGUAUAAAGGUUAAUGAAAAUGAACAUACA